CAAGAUGUGUAUCCAAAAACUUUUUAUCAUAACAGUUUCGCUGUUUUUAUUUAAUACUGAAGAAGUGUCUGGGCUGCUAAUGCAUGAAAUUUCAAAUACAAGUAAUACGAUUCAUGGUUUAGGGGGACACAAUGUCGAAGCCACAGAAAUAAUGAAAAUGCUUCAGAAUCUGACGGCUGAGGUACAAAACCUCAAGAAACAAACAGAAAUCGACAAAUCUACUAUUCGGAUAUUAAAGCAAAAUUGUACCGUUCUUGGCGAAGAAAAUAGGUCGCUUCAUAACAGAUUAUUCCUUUUGGAAGUUGGAAUGAAUCAGCUAAAUUCGUCUAAGCUACCUUCUAGUGAAGAAUUAAUGGUCUAUUUGAGAAGCUCAAAACACAUAGUUCAAACAUUAGUUGCAAACGAAGAAUAUGACAAGAAUCUAACUCUGCGACUGAAUGAAGUGGAGGAUAAUUUGACAAAAUGUGAUGCGCAGAAUAAAAACUUUACUCAGCGACUUAAUGAAGUAGUGAUUAGUUUGCAUGAAAAUGAAGUAUGUGACAAAAAAGUAAUACAACAGGUCGGUGUUGCAAUGAAAAAUUUGGAAGAUUUAAAGGUUCAAAUGCGUUACAUAAGCUUAUCACUACUAGAUGUUCAUUCUCAGACGGAAGAACUAAAUACAACAUUAUUCAGAAGUUAUGACGAUCAAAUAAGGGAAGUGUCGGCACGAAUAACCAAUAUUACACAGAAAGUAGCCUUUACGGCCGGUGUGACGUCACAAAGCAGCUCCUGGAGAAGUGGUGCCUUGGUGUUUGAUAGGAUUGUCUACAGCAUAGGAGGAGGAUAUGACUCCAGUACUGGUGUCUUCACAUCUCCUGUAGACGGACACUUUGUUUUCUUCGCCAACGUACAAGCUUAUUCGAACCAUUACGUAUUUACUUAUAUAGUGCUCAAUGGCUCUGCUAAAGUGACAACAAUGGCAUUUAGUGGUUCGUCUCAUCAAACAUACUCGGCAGGACCGAACUUGGUGGUACUGAAACUUCAAAAAGGAGACCGAGUUUGGGUUAAAUGUUAUUCUGGGGCUGGGUAUCAUACUCAAGGUGAUGCUCCAAUGACAACAUUCUCUGGAUUCCAAAUAUAAUUUGAUUAAAUUAUUCUUAUUAUGUGAAAAUAUUUCAGGCAUUCUUU